CCAUUCACACAUUAUAUUUGAGGGAAGUGCAUUCAAAAUCCCUCAUUUUAUGGUUUCAUUUUCAGAGACAAGAGCGUGAACGGUUAGAGCAAAAGAAAGCCCAACAAGAGGCAAGCAUAAAUCGUACGCUAGGGACGGUGACUAUGCAGGACAUAAUACAACGAAAUAUUUCCGAUGCAAGGAAAGAAGAGAUCCCCGCUGAAAUAUCAAAUAAAAAGCAACUUGAGUCUCUUCAGCAAAAAGAAAGGUCUGUGAAUCCAGUUCUGUCAGAAGCAUCAUCCCGGCAGCGUGGUACAUCUCCUGACAGGGAUUCCGGCGACGGGAGAUCCAUCGCUUAACUCAAGACUUCGACAACGAAUGCUAGGAACUGCUCCUGCACCAAAAUCCACCACUGUUAGUGGGGCUCUGUCGCUCAAUACCAUUUACGGGUUUGAUAUUGAAAGAAAUUAUUUAUGUUUAGGAGGCAAGCAGUGAGGUACAUGAGGUCAGCUUUACUGUUGGUUUGGUACUUCAUUAUUUAUAUUUUAAUAUGUAUUGUAUAAUACGAUGAGUUUCUUGUUACGUAGUUCUACCUGCACACAAUAGUAUUUCGUGAUCCUAUGCCUAUUUUAAAAAAAGUAGUAUUUAGUGAUAUAAAUUGGUUGAAGUGUGUUUUAAUUUUUUAGUUGUGUUUAAAAUAGAAAUUAUCUUGUAUUAAACGAGAAGCAAUUAGCUGAAGUGUGUUUUAAAUUUGAA